AUGCCGCAUCGCGCUGCCGCUACCGCCUCUUCCUCGGAUACGGCCGGAGCCAGCCUGGCCUCCUUGGAGCUCGACUCGGCGGCCAUGGAGCACUACGUGCAGGUCCGCAUCUUCAAGAUCAUCGUAAUCGGAGACUCGAACGUGGGCAAGACGUGCCUGACAUUCCGCUUCUGCGGCGGCACCUUUCCGGACAAGACCGAAGCCACCAUCGGCGUAGACUUCAAGGAGAAGACGGUGGACAUCGAGGGCGAGAAGAUCAAGGUGCAGGUCUGGGAUACUGCUGGCCAGGAACGGUUCCGCAAAAGCAUGGUGGAACACUAUUACCGAAAUGUGCACGCAGUGGUCUUUGUCUACGAUGUCACCAAAAUGACUUCCUUUAUCAACCUUAAGAUGUGGAUCCAGGAAUGUAAUGGGCAUGCUGUCUCUCCACUUGUCCCCAGGGUGCUUGUGGGCAACAAGUGUGACUUGAGGGGACAGAUCCAGGUACCCUCCAGCCUGGCUUUGAAAUUUGCCGAUGCUCACAACAUGCUGUUGUUUGAAACGUCAGCCAAGGACCCCAAAGAGAGCCAAAAUGUGGAGUCCAUUUUCAUGUCCUUGGCCUGUCGCUUGAAGGCUCAGAAAUCACUACUGUAUCGAGAUCUGGAGAAGCAGCCAGGGAAGGUGCAGAAACUGGAGUUCCCACAGGAUGCAAACAGCAAAACUUCCUGUCCCUGUUGAAGCCAAAUGGUUUCAGAUGAGCUAUUGUUACAAUUUCUCCCCUUUUCCUGUGACUCCA